UUCUUUCCAUUCAUGUUUUCAUUAUAAAGUUAUAAUGAGACUGUUAGCCUUCGAAGUCGAUUCCAAAAAUACAGCAAUAUCAGAAAAGUAAAGUAAUUGGUAAAAUUUAAAUUUCAGACGGCAAAUACAGACGCUUCUCCGCUUAUGAACGAGUUACAUUCUGAACGGCUUCUCCUAUCCAAUUUGAUAUAGAAUGAAGAUAGAGGGCACCAGGACAUUCCCAGUGGGAUGGAAGGCGCGCGAACUUUGGGCGCAACUGACACAAAUGGCCGUCUCUGCCAUUCUUCUUCUUCUUCUCUUUGUUCCACUGGGCUCUUGGGCUCGAGAACACCUGCAAUUUGCACCUGGCAAGACCCUGCCCGGGGAUCUUGUUGACUACUGGGUUACUGACGCCUCUUCACAAUGUGUCUGCAGAAUCAUGUGCAUCCGUAAUAUUUCUUGCAGCGGCGUCACUGUUCAGUAUAAUGGAGCUCAGCUCACAUGUGAAUUCAGUCACGAUGAAGUUCUCGUUGAAAAUCUAGUAGAGAGAUCGGAUGCCAAUACCUGGAUCUUUAAUGCUUGCCCAUUGGGCUACGAUAUAUUUAAUGGUUCCUGCUACUACUUUCGCUCCAGUUAUAAGGACUGGGCAGAUGCACAAAAUGAUUGCAAAUUUUAUGGCAGUGAGUUGGUCAAGAUAACAAGCCAAGGAGAGAAUGACUUCAUUAAAGGUAAAGUAAGUAACAAUGGCUUCUGGAUUGGACUGAAUGACAAAGCAAAGGAAAAAGACUUUAAAUGGUCUGUGGACAACAGCGCUGUUGAAGACAAUGGCAAUUAUUCAAGCUGGGCAGUCGGGCAACCAAACGAUAACAAUGGACAAGACUGUGUUGUGAUAUAUUCGGACGGUACUUGGAAUGAUGAAGAUUGUUAUUACUCGUAUCACUGCUACAUCUGCGAAAAACCAGCCUCUUAAGAUGGACUAACAACAUUGCCUGUGUAGGGACAGUUCUCUGCAACUAGCAUAGGUUGCAAUCUGUAGACAGUUCUCUGCAACUAGCAUAUGUUGCAAUCUGCACUGCACAAGACAGGGUGUCAUGAACUGACCCUCAUAGAGGUAUAACCUAACAAAGGAGGGUAACUAGAGAGGAAAUAUAUACAUAUAUAGUAUUAAUUUUACAUUCUAUUCAGUGAUGAUAAUUAUCUUGAGUAGAAAAUUCCUGUUUUCCUGAGACACUGUGAGUUGUACACAAGAUGCUGGUUUGCUCUCUCGUUCCAUAAUCAAAUUGAAGAUUGACUCGAUUUGGUCAGCUGAGUAAGUAGUAGCCAAGGUUUUAUCAACUCAGAGGGGAUUAGGGAGCACCAUUUACCUACUUUUAGUGGUUAGAGUUUGUGAUGAUAUAGUUAAAUCACCAAAAUUAAUAGGAUUGAUUUUAAAAGCUAAUUAUGACCAUUUUAACUUGAAGAAGACACUUAGCUUCACAGAGCUUAAUAGUAUAUGUUGCUCUUGUAUGCACUUCAAAAAAGGAUUGCACUUUUAAAUGAAUUUCCACAAAUGACAAAAUCCUGAGGCCAACAGAAAAUCACG